UUGUAUGAAGAAGAAAUGAAGCAAAGAGGCCCUUAUUCGACGUUCAUGAUUGGUCUAGAAAUGGUUGAGUGCAACCCGCACAGUUCAUGUAUAUUUAAAGGGUAAUAUGGAUUAGGUCUUAAAUGGUUUUGUGACGUAAUUGAUCCAAUAUUCUUCCUACAUGUACCGUCAAAUUAUAAUGAACUGUCCCAACUCGGUCUUAGAUGCAAACGGCUUCAGGGCAUGAUCAGCACGUCUUAUUCUCAGCUAGGAAUCAAAUGAAACCAUUUCCAGUCAUGGACAUCUUGACGCUAUUAUCGGGUAUUUUUCUAUUUUCUAACUGUUGGUGCAGGACGCUUGGUCUAUGUGGAACAUGUGACAUAACACCUCUAGUCGGAUUUGAAAACAAAAGAGUUACGGGAGGAGUGAUGUGGACGAAUAAUACCUUUACCAGUCUAACACAGUGUGCAGUUCGAUGUGCGUUGUUCCCCACCAUCAAGUCCUUUGGGUAUAGCCAGAGUACAGGGGAAUGUGUGGCCUACAACACACCAGCCACAUCUCCCUACACUACAGAAUCUGGAUUCAACAUGUAUUCAUCUUGCCCACCAGUCGACGGUGGUGUUAGUGCAUGGGGCUCAUGGGGCUCAAAGUCCUGCUCAGAAACAUGUGGCAAUCCUUCUCCUGGCAUGUCGACUCGGACUCGAACUUGCACCAAUCCCUCCCCAGCGAACGGCGGCGCUUCCUGUAUGGAGACACUCAGCGAUACUAAAAGUGAUACCUGUGAUCUCAUUGACUGUCCAGUGGACGGUGGUGUGAGCGCUUGGGGCUUAUGGACUGUGGCAGCUUGUUCAGUAACUUGUGGACAGUUUGCCACAUACACCGAGUCCCGAACUCGAACCUGCACCAACCCGGCCCCAGCGCACGGUGGGAAUAACUGCUCUGAGAAUCUAGUUGAAAUUACCCCCAAAAGUUGUCAUCUCCCGAGUUGUCCAGUACAUUUCGGUUCCUGCAACGGCUCUGCUGACUGCACUGUUGUGAAUACGACUUGUAAUGAUGGAUGGUGUGUGUGUGACAUAAUGCACCAGUACUCAAGCGGCAGCUGUGUCCAAGGGUGUGCUACAUAUGGUUCGGAUUUCACAACAUUUAGAAAUAUGGCCUUGAUGAGAUACAACAACAGGAUCAUCAAGAACGUCACAACGAUAGAGGCAUGUAUGUCUGCAUGCUUUGCAGAAACAGGUUUCCUGUGUAUUACAGCAGAUUUCAAAUAUCUGUCGUCUGACUGCUACUUGAGUAGUACAGCUACGUAUGAGGUUCCAUCAAGCCGCGUUCAGAGCUCUAGCAUUUACCAUGAAUUUAUCCGCAAUUGUGCUUAAAAUCCUUUUGAUCACUGGUUCCACAUUCUUUGUUUUAGUAUCUAAAAAGCAAAUAUUAAGCGUAUUUACCUGCCCACAUGAUUUCAUCCUUGAAAUAUGUUGUGUUAAGAAUAUGUUUCUAAAAUUUCAGCAAUAUGUUCCACAAUGCCCUGGUAAGAGAAGAAAAUUUUGAAAGAGAUCCAGGAUCGCUCUUGCCAUCGUGAUUGGUUUGUUUGUUGUUUUACGCCGCACUCAGCAAUAUUCCAGCUAUAUGACGGCGGUCUGUAAACAAUCGAGUCUGGACCAGACAAUCCAGUAAUUGAUAUCAUGAGCAUCGAAUCACGCAAUUGGGAUCGAUGACACCCGAUCCCGUUCGUCGCCUCUUACGACAAGCAUGGAUUGCUGAAGACAUAUUCUACCCUUGAUCUUCACGUGUCCUUGCCAUCAGGAAUUAUGGUGACUUUUUGUCACCUCUGAUGUGAACAAGCAUGACUCUAUGUCACACUUGCCAUGGUCGUAAGGGGUUUGGCAGGGAAUAGUCAGACUGUGGAAGUUUUUUGUUUGUUGUUUGACGCCGCACUCAGCAUUAUUCCAGCUAUUUGUGGAAGUAUGAAUUCCCACAUAAGAUGAAAUGACACUUUGUUAGUGUCUAUUACUAACAACAGAGCUUAUGGUACUUGAUAUGAUUGGUUUGGCUGGUUCGUUGUUUAACGCCGCACUCCGCAUUAUUCCAGGUAUUAUAUGACGGCGGUCUGUAAAUAAUCAAGUCUGG